AUGGUCGCCAUCGAAGAUAUCCGCGCCAGCAACUCAGCCCUGAAGUCCUUCCCUGCCAACCUCGUCGCCGUCUUCGUGGGCGGAACCAGUGGAAUAGGCCUCUACACAGCCCGCGAACUCGUCCGUAACACCAUUUCACCCCGUCUCUACCUCAUCGGUCGCAACCAGACUGAAGCCACCAAGAUCAUCGAGGAGCUAAAAACCAUCAACGCUUCAUCCGAAAUCUCUUUCAUCCAAAAGGAUGUCUCCCUCCUCAAGAACGUCGACGAAGCAUGUCAAGACAUCAAAGCGAAAGAGAAGCAAGUCAACCUCCUCUUCAUGACAUGCGGAUAUGUCACCUUCCAAGGGCGAACCGAAACACCCGAGGGCCUCGAUAAGAAAUUCGCCUUGCAUUACUACACACGCAUGCGCUUCAUCAACCAGCUCCAACCCCUCCUCGACGCUGCUGCAAACGCCAAGACUUUCUCGCGCGUCGUGUCUGUCCUGGACCCCCAGCCCGGUCUCAAAAUGGCGCCCAAGUGGUCGGACUUGAGUCUCAAAACGUCGUUUUCGUUGAAGAAUUGUAUGGUGAAUGCCACAGGCAUGACAAACCUCGCGUUCUACAGUCUGGCGAGCAAGAACCCUGGCACUUCCUAUAUCCACGCGUACCCCCACAUCGUCGACACAGGCGCUGGAAGAGACGCUUUCGGCGCGUUUGAACCAGUUGCGAAACCCCUCAUGUGGCUGUUGAGAAUGGCCAUGCAAGUCAAGCCUAUCGAGAGUGGCGAGCGUCACUUGUACGCUUCUACGAGUCCAACUUUCGCGCCGAAAGCAGCGGGCGAGAGUGUCAAAGACGCAGCAGUAGGGAGUGAUGCUGUCAAGGGAAGUGGAAGCUAUUUGCUUUAUUGGAAUAAUGAUAUUCUGGAGGAUAAGCCUGUUGCGAAGAAGAUGCGGGAGGAAGGCAAGGAGAAGGAGGUUUUGCAGCACACAGAAGAGGUGUUUAAGAAGAUUUGCGAUGAGGCCCAUGAUGCCAACAUUGCGCGCGGCCAGGGCUCCGAGAUAGGCCGCUAUCAGAUGACCCGAGUGGGAACCCUCGCAGGCAAAGUCGUCCUCGUCACCGGCGCAGCACGCGGCCUAGGUCUCACACAAGCCGAAGCAUUAUUAGAAGCCGGUGCAAGAGUCUACGCCCUCGACCGCCUCCCCGAGCCCUCCCCGGACUUCCACACCAUCGCCGCGCGCGCCGCCUCCGAGCUCAACACCUCGCUAUCCUACUGCCAAAUCGACGUGCGCGAUGUGACCGCGUUGAACAAGGUUGUCUCUGGGAUAGCUGACGCCGAGGGGCGUCUGGAUGGACUGAUCGCCGCAGCGGGGAUCCAGCAGGAAACCACUGCGCUGGACUACACGGCCGAAGAUGCGAAUCGCAUGUUUGAAGUCAAUGUGACGGGUGUGUUCAUGACGGCGCAGGCGGUUGCGAAGCAGAUGAUUCGGUUUGGCAAGGGGGGGAGUAUUGUUAUGAUUGCGAGUAUGAGUGGGAGCAUUGCGAAUAAGGGAUUGAUCUGCCCUGCGUACAAUGCUUCCAAAGCCGGUGUCAUUCAAUUAGGCCGCAACCUCGCAUCUGAAUGGGGCGUGCACAACAUCCGUGUCAACACCAUCUCGCCAGGAUACAUUGUAACGGCCAUGGUGGAGGAGCUGUUUGUCAAGUUUCCUGAGAGGAAGGUAGAGUGGCCGACGCAGAAUAUGCUGGGAAGACUUAGCAAGCCGGCGGAAUACAGGGGUGCUGCCGUGUUCUUGAUAAGUGAUGCGAGCAGCUUCAUGACGGGGUCAGAUCUGAAGAUUGAUGGAGGGCAUAGUGCGUGGUAGCGGGAGAAUGAGUGAAACAGAAUUAGGGAUUUAAUUAGUCUAAUACGAAUUUCUCAAUCCG